CCAUUCAUUUUCCAUAAGAAAGAUAAGCUGCCCAACAAGUAUUUGUUUGGCGUGAAAUAGAAUUUCUUGCAGUGGUGGAAAAUCUUGUCUGUAGAAUGGCCAGUCGCGCUGCUGCAGUGCUGGGGUUGAUGACCCUGACGGCAAUGUUCAUGGGCCAGGCUUCUGAAGCGCUGGUUUUCGCAUUUUCUAAUCACGCGCAAGGAACCACUGGUGGCAACAGAUUCGAUCAAGAGAUCGGCCAGAGUGGAGCAUUUGAAAUUAUGGACUCCUCCACUAAAUUUAUCUGGAACACCUUCCACCAGAAUUCGGCUGCAGAUAGGAAGAAUGUGGACAAGGUUACUCUCAUCGUCGAAAGCAUGGACGGCGUUGCAUAUACCAGUGCGGACGAAAUUCACCUGAGUUCAGAUUAUGUGGGCAACUACGGAGGGGACGUAAAGGCAGAGAUUCGGGGAGUUUUGUACCACGAAAUGACUCACGUGUGGCAGUGGAACGGGCAGGGAAAAGCCCCCGGUGGGCUCAUUGAAGGCAUUGCAGACUAUGUGCGCCUCACUGCAGGGUUGGCUCCUUCCCACUGGGUUAAGCCUGGCACUGGAGACAAAUGGGACCAUGGUUAUGAUGUUACUGCCUACUUCUUGCAGUAUUGUGACAGUAUUAGAUCUGGAUUUGUUGCUGACAUAAAUGCUAAAAUGGCUUCCGGAUGGGACUUGGGCUUCUUUAAUGAUCUCACUGGUAAAUCUGUUGAUCAGCUUUGGAGUGACUAUAAAUCUAAGUACGCUGCUUCCGGUUAAACGGUAGUUUUGUCUGUCUUCAAUGGCUAACAACGUCAAAUAAGUGAACUCCAAAUGGGAAUUGUAAAUUCUUCCCCAGAAAAGGAUAAAGGGGUUCCAUCUCUAAAUAAAAUUAAGUUGGAUCUGUUUCUUCUAA